GAAACUUUGGAAUAUUUCAUGCUAUCCCGUUUUAGAGUAAGUACCUAAUAUACCUAAAUAUAGUUUAGUGAUGGGAUGCGAUUUAAGUUUACUGUACUUAUUUGAGCUUGAAAGAUUAGAAGAGCUUGAAAGAUUAGAACAAGAAGAACUACGAAGAAGUAGAAGACGUAGAAAUAGAUAUAGAAAUUUCAGGAUAACCAUAAAUAGAUAUAAAUCUACUAUGAAUAUAAACGAAUUGCCGAUAGAGUUAUUGGAGAAGAUCCUGAUUUAUACUGAUGGUGUUUUCUUAGCAAGAUACAGGACAGUCUGCAAACGGUGGUACAAUGUUAUCACACAAAGCAACUAUCUUUGGAUACACAGGUGCAUGCUAGAAUCUAAAGCAAACAGCCUUAAAGCUAAAGAAAACUCAAGCCCAGAUAUAUCUUGGUACCAGAUAUAUAGAAACUUGAAUAUGUGGCCACACAUUUCAAAACAAAAGAAGAAGUUGCUAAAUUUCUUUCGGUUGCCCUCACACGAAACUGAGACAACAACAGCAGACCUAAACCAAGGCAUCCUUGUUGUGAACAGCCGUGACUACACUAAGCUUGUGGAUGUCAAUCGGCCGGGUACUAAGCCAAUCAUAAUAAACGGGAAACAGAAAUGCGAGAAAAUUGUCAGUACUGAUAAUGUCACGGCAUUGUUGAUAGACACAAACUUGCUAUACAUACAACGUACAGUGAACUUUAAUGACAUGAAGUCUGAAGCUCUAUUUGAGGAUGUCAAAGUGUUUUCCCUACACGAGGAAGAGUUGUUUUACUGUACACGGAAUAAUAUUAUAUACAGGGUGGAUUUAUUGAAAAAAGACUUGGAAAAAGAGCUAUGUUUCAACUUUCGUGAUACCACUACUGUUUACAAAACUAAGGACAAUGUUCAACAUUUGUUCGUCAAAUACGUAAAAACUGGAUGUGUAGAUAUAGUAUUGUACACUGAAGAUGCUUGCAUAUACACAUACAGAAACAAUAUCUUGUAUAGUACAGCAUUAGUGAUGAACUUCUUAUACAGGUUGAAUUAUUCCGUUGUCGAUGAACACACAAUGAUUGGAUACUUAGGCAAUCUUAUGAAGAUUACUACUCCAGGAGAAAAUUUAGUACUAACAUUCCCAGCAAUACAAGUAGCAGUCCUGUACAAUAAUCAUCUAGUUUUUGCUACGCAGAACAACAAAAUAUACGUAUUGAACUUGGUGAAAAUAUUCGGGAAAUACAUGUUCGAAAUUGAUGAGAACUUGUUUGACCAGAUCGGUUCGGUGCCCAAGAAGUGUGUAGUGAAGAAGAUUUGUAUAACGGAAGGGUGUACAGGCCCCAUUAUAAUGGUUUCUACAACGGAGCGAAUAUAUCUGUACAAAACCAACUUCUUCCCAAUGGACAAAGGACCAAGAAUUUUCGAGAACACGAAACUGUAUGAAAGACUGACUGCAUUGAGGGACAGACUUGAAGAGAAGCACAGAGCAGAUGUCUUGGCCAUUGUAAGACGGCCAACUAAGAGGAAAUUAUCUACCUAGUCGGUGGUAAGAAGAAGCGAAAACAGGUACAAGUCGGCUUCAUAAGUAGGUACCUACACACAUUUUUACCUUGUUAAAGUUAUGGUUUCUCAAACUCACCAGAUGCCUAUCUAUUCGUUCAUUAAACAUCGAUACAAACGUGUAAAGUACUUACGAAGUUGACCAUUCUUAACUUUAUUCUUACUACUAAAAAUUUGUAAAUGUAGUAAAAUAUUAGUAAGUUGCAUAAAUUUACUUCCAAUCAAAACACCUACUACCAAAGUAUUUCGCUACUUAUGUGCAAUGACGUAUGGCUUGUUUUUUAAAUGUUGAUUUUUAAAAUUAUAUUUUUGGAAUGUUAUUUUAUUUAAUUUCUUAACUAUAUAUAAGGAGUGAUUUUUGAUUUGUCUACAAGCUAAAAAAGUACCUAUAGUCAUAUACAUAAAUUAUUGUGUAUGAGUAAAACAUGUGAUACUAAUGUAAACAUUCUAUGACCAAUUAUUUAUAUAUAAAUGGUUCCGUUAUUAAUAAAUAUUUAUAAAUAUAUUCAUCCGUCCUAUAUAGGCUGUUGCAAAAAGGGUAAAAAGGUAAGUGACCAACUA